AUGGAGAAAGUCAGCGGUGUAGCUUGCCGACAGCAGGUCGCCUUCACCACCUCGUUUGAUGCUGUCCUUGUUGAACGCGCCAAGCAGACAAUGACCCAGGGAGUUACAUGGCUACGAGCUACUGCCGCCGAAGUUCACGAUAUCGCCCUCUCCAUCAAAUGCAUGGGCGACAUGGCAUUCAACAUAGGGAACGGAGACAUGGCAUUCGCAAAGUGGGGCGAUACACUCAAGUUCAUCGAGAUCACACUGGAGCACAACAAGAUGAUGAGUACACGUCUGGAACCCGAUUUCCUAGCUCAACUUCAUGCGCUUGAAUGCAUGGUCUCACUUGAACAAGCGAUGUUCUUCUUCUCUGACAUGGCCGUUGACGAAAUUGGUCGCAAGUACGACCAUGUACCGAAGAAGGUGGGUUAUGCUGAGGACGCCAAACAGUACAACGAGCUCCUGGGGUAUGAGGCAGUUCCCUUGUCUGCUAUCGCUCGCUUCUACCGUUUCUUGGGUGUCGCUGAACUGGGUCUGGAUCAUCCUGUCAAAGCAGCAAAGGCAUUUGCCAAGUCCUACAAGAUGGUGACUCUCCCGCCAACUCAGAACGGCUACAACACUGCGAGAUCAUGGAAAGAGCUCACUAAGGCUCAGCGCAAGUCUAGGCUAGACGCUCUCUACACUGCCCUUCCCAAGACGCCCCACACGAUGCCAGUGUUUCAAGCCUGGAAGGGUCCUCAAGUCCAGUCAGAACAUUGGGUCAUGCGCGAACUGGGCUUUAAGGGUAACAUACCUUACGCCGACAAGAUCACUGGUGUACUUGGAAUAUACUUGACCAACAAAGCUCACCCCAAUCGUUCGCUUCCAGGACCACACCAUCGUGAGCAAGUGAACAAGCCUGAUUUACCAGGCAUCGAGCUGCUCAUUAUGUGGAUUGCCCUUGGAACGCAUCAGAUCGGUGAAGAGAGUACCCACGAUGAUCCGGAGGCUGCAAAGAUGCUGGAGAACAUGUCUCUUCGUGGCACUGGAGGUUGUCCGACUCAGUGAAUGACGGUUCAGUCAUGUGUGUGGCUCUAUGUACGCGUACAGUCAAUGUGAUCAGGAUCUGAGAUACCGUGGUGAAAGAGGCUGUUAUGUUCGGCGCAUGAGCUAUUGUGUCUACAGACACACUCUCCUUCACUUCCACCAUAGCAUAAUGCUAUCGUCUAGAUAUCCAAAUGAGAUCUUCGAAUCUGACCAACACCUUGCUACUUCUCCAAACCACUGAC